AUGGUGGCGGCUUCAACUUCAGGGUCCAAGUCACUUAUAGAAUAUCUGAAGAGAUAUGAGAGCAAUGAUGAGGAAGGAAAGGAAAAGAAAAAAAGGAUGAAGAAUGUGGUCCAAAGUAAACCAGAUGUAAAAGGUGUUUUAGUCGUGGAUGAAGAUCCAGUUUGUCACAAACCAGUUAAUCUUGAAGAGGAAAACAAUGAUGAUUCAGCUGUUGAAGAGAAGCCACAAGUUGAUGAGGACAUUGAGGUUAAGCAGAUGAAGAGGCUCAAACAACUGAAGGCUAUGCGGCCAUAUAAUGCCAUAUCAGAGGAUGGAAGUGGUUGGGUUUCUCUCUCUCCCAAAGCUGCUAAUUCUAAUGACCCAAACCCUGAUAUGUCACCACCAGGUAAGCCGGCAAUCCUGAAUGACACACCUUCACCGGAACAUGAACUGAAGCCAGCAGAUUUUGGCAGAGGUAGCGCUGAUUUGUCACCUUCAGGACAGCAGCUGAAGCACCAACAGAACGAUACAACAUCUGACUUUCCUGACAUUUCUCCUCCUAGACAGAGGAGUCAUGGUUCUUUGUGCCAAGAUGACUUCCAGGCUUCUCCAGGGUCAGAAGCCCCAAGGAAAACCAGGGAGGAUUUUCGGAUUACUAGGUCAUCUGAUCUUUCCCCUCCAUGUAAACGUUCAACUGAAACCAAUGCUUUGUGUGCAUCUUUGCUUCAGGAUCUUUCUCCACCGAGAAAAAGCCGAAAGGAAGCUGCUGUGAAUGAGCAACAUAAAACGGGUCUGCUUACUGGCAAAGAGAUCAGUGAAGAGAUUGCUAGAACUAAGAAGACUGAUUGGUUGAGAGAUGGAUCCAUCUAUAAGUGGUCAAGGUGCAGAACCUGUAUAAGUGGUCAAGGUGCAGGAGAAAGUAUAUUGAAGGAAGACUUUUUGAAGUCAAGGCAGAAAGUAAAAGUAGAAGAGAAGCCCAAGGAGAAGAAGUUGGAAUGGGGGAAGGGCUUGGCUCAAAAGCAGGAAGCUGAAGCUAAGCUGCAGGAAUUGGAACUUGAGAAGGAAAAGCCAUUUGCACAAACCAGGGAUGAUCCAGAACUAAACAACAUGCUGAAGGAGAGAUUAAGACGGGGUGAUCCCAUGGUGCAUUUGGUGAAGUGCAGAAAAAGCAUCCUGAAAUGGUUCUCCCAAAACUAGGGGAUAGUGAGAAGAUGAAGGAAUCAGGGUUUGUUGUUCCCCAGGACAUUCCUGCCCACAGCUGGUUAAAAAGAGGAUUAGAUGCUGCACUAAAUCGAUAUGGC